AAUACUCCCAAACUGUCCCUUUGAAGAUGAGCGGGCUUCUCAAGAACUUGCCAGAAACAUCCAGCCCAGGUACGAUAAAUAGGAGUAAGUAAACGAAACCUAUGAAGGGCCUGAAAUGUCCAGGGGCCAUGGACCGUACGGACACGGAAAUGAUGGACACAGAGACCGGAGUUCCGCAUCAAGACCGGCCGGCGACGGCUGCCGCAGCGGACGCUAAUGGCAUCACCUUCGGCGCCAGCGUCCACCACCGCAGCGACGUCAGGGAGUUACUGACAUUGGCUCGCCAACUCAUCAAUCAAGGGAAGCCUUCCCACGCCCUCCAAGCGGUGGUAAUGGCAAUGAGAUCUAAAGGUGGGGAGGAUGCCGUAUUUCAAGCUUUACACCGUGCUCGUGAGCUAUACCAAAACAAACUGCAAGCAAGUGCAGCAGCUGAUCAGUUGGCUUCCUUGUUUGCUGAGUGUGCAAUCGCUGAAGCCCAGCCUUUGACAUCCAAUGAACCAUCACUAUGUGAUACAGUUGGGCCAUCAGUUGCACCAGAUGCUCACGAAACCUCUAUACUGGCAGAAACUGGUAGGACGCAAAUUGUACUGGAUGCAUUCUCAGAUGGUAGCAGCUUCAUCUGUUUACAGUGUGGCGGUCUUGUUAGCAACCAUCGCAAAGACGAGCACUAUGCGUACUGGUGUCGCCAUAUAUGACUGCCCAGGUACAGCGACACCAUGCAUACUUCCAUUUGAUGCAAAUACUCUUUUUACCGCAUGGUUGUUGUACAAGUCAUCUUCUAUUGCACUUGACUACAAAGUUUCUCUCAGUGCCAGCACUUUCUAUUAGUCACAUAUGGGUCAUUUUCAAGUAAAACAUCGAGUGCUGGAAUAGGAUUUAGAGGUCAUGCAAGCAUCAAGUGGAGUGAAUUUGGUAUAAUGUGUUGCCCUGUAUUUGUAAAGAAUCUUGUAUCCCUUAAAUAUUUUAAUUUGUCACUAUAGAAGAGUUUUGGCAAUAAUGUGAUGAUAGAUCGAUUGUCUCAAA